AUGUUGUCGGUCCUCGCAGUCGCCCCCUACGCGAUCGAGCUUCUUGUCUUGGCCUUCAUAUUUUUCUUUGGCUAUCCAUAUGUGGAAUAUCUUCGUGACCCUAAGGGACUUCGCAAGUAUCCCAACCUCCACCCGUUCUCUGGCUUUUCUGCAAUACCUUUCAUGAUCAUGGCGUCUCGAGGAUUCAGAUCCAAGGAGCUGGCUGAAUUGCACAAAAAGCACCCUGUGAUUCGAACAGGACCCAACAUGCUGUCAUACGGAGAUGUGCGCGCGAUCAAGGACAUAUACGGCCACAAUACCAAGUGCAUCAAAGAUAGCUCCUACUUGGUUACCUCUGGCUCUCACUUUAAUCUAGCUGAUGUUGUGGAUAAGCCAGACCACGCAAGGAAGCGCAAGGUCCUCUCCUCAGCGUAUGCUUUGAAGAAUCUAGAGAGCUGGGAAUACAAGGUUACCGACAAAGUUCAGAGAAUGUUCAAGCACUUUGAUGAGGUCUGCACCAUGGCUCCCAAAGAAGAUGUUGCAUCUGGUCGAGUCGCACCGGACCAAAACGAGCUCACUUUGGACUUGCGCGCAUGGAACAACUACUUCACCCUUGAUGCCAUUGCCGACAUUGGUCUUUCCGAGAAACUGGGUUUCUUGGACCAAGGCAACGAUAUGUGUCUUGCAGAGCGAAAGGAUGGUUCAACAUAUACCACAAGUCUGCGCGAUGCACUCUACCCAACAGCUCGCAAACAGUCAUACAUCCUAUGGAACUACGACUGGUAUCCCGUGCUCAACAAAUUGGUCAACGUGAUCCCCUAUUUCAACGAAAUGCAAAAGGCAAGCGAUAACUGGGAAAACAUCAUGUGGCGACGAGGAAAUGAGAGACUCCGCCGUUACGAGGCAGGCGAAAAGCUCGACGAUUUCUUCCAGGCCCUCAUGGAGGAUAAGAAUGGAAACCCGAACAACCUCGAAUGGGGUGAGGUGAUUGCUGAAUGCAAUAUCAUGAUGAAUGCUGGCAGCGUGACGACGGCUGUUGCCAUUACCAAUGUCAUGUACCAACUCCUUCGGAAUCCCCGAACCCUGGCCAAGCUCCGCGAAGAACUGGACAAUGUCCUUGAUGGAGAUGAAUAUGUUGCCGACUACGAUAAAGUCAAGCACCUUCCAUACCUUCGCGCUUGUCUGGAUGAGUCUUUGCGGAUCUUCCCUCCGACAUCUCAUGGCCUCCCCCGUGAGACACCUGCUUCAGGAACAAAUAUUCUUGGAGAGUGGGUUCCCGGUAACACUUCUGUUAGCAUGUCUGCUUAUGUCGCUCACCGCGAUGAGGGUGUUUUCCCCAAUUCAGACCAGUAUAUUCCAGAGCGGUGGCUUGGGGAGGAAGGAAAAUCUCUCCAACCCUACUUGAUCGCUUUCUCUGCUGGUGCUCGCUCUUGUAUUGGUCGCAAUAUUUCAUACUUGGAACAAACAAAAGCGGUUGCAUCUAUGGUACAUCGGUAUGAGUUUACUUUGCCCUACCCUGGAUGGGAGAUGAAGCGGGAAGAGACCAUGAACUUGAUUUUGAAAGAUAUGCCUGUGAAGAUCUGGCGACGCAAUAUGGAGAAGGUUGAGUGA